ACAGGUAUAGAUUAAAUUUUUAGUUUUUGGAGUGUUUGGCGCACUGCGUCUCCAUCAUCCUCGUCGCCACCAAUCUAGGGUUUUCACUUUUCAGACCCCUUUCUGGGAUUUUCCGGGGGAUUUCCGAGCUCGUCAAAAUGGCCUCCCGAUUCAUCGACGUCGCAGCCUCUUCUCCUUCCUCUUCGUUUUCUUCUAGGGUUCCGAAUCGCAACCAACUCUCCUGCUUCUUCAGUUCUAUGCCAUCCAAAUCCCCAAGUUACCUUCAUCGUCAUCCUUCCAACGCUUCUUCUUUCUCACUACCUCGGAGCCGUAUAGACUGCUCUCUAAGAUCCGCGAUCGAAGAUACCAAUGGUACAUGCCACGGCAAGGGCGAAAUCGAGCAUUCGAUUUUGACGGCUUUGUCGCCGUUGGACGGCCGUUAUUGGGGUAAAGUCAAGGAAUUGGCUCCUUUUAUGAGCGAAUAUGGCCUUAUCUACUACAGAGUUUUCGUUGAGAUCAAAUGGCUGUUGAAACUUUCACAAAUCCCUGAGGUCACAGAGGUGCCCAGUUUCAGUGGAGAUGCUCGAUCUUACUUGCAAGGAAUCAUCGAUGGAUUUAGCGUCGAUGAUGCAGCGGAAAUAAAGAAAAUUGAGAAAAUUACUAAUCAUGAUGUGAAAGCAGUUGAGUAUUUUUUGAAACAGAAGUGCAGUUUGCAUCCAGAGAUAGCUAAGGUGCUCGAGUUUUUCCAUUUUGCUUGCACAUCUGAGGACAUCAACAAUCUUGCUCAUGCGUUGAUGUUAAAAGAUGCUAUCAACAAUGUUAUGUUUCCUGUCAUGGAUGAGCUGGUUGAGGCAAUAUGUGACAUGUCAAAGGAUAAUGCUUCCGUUCCCAUGCUUUCUCGCACUCACGGUCAGACUGCGUCACCCACCACUUUGGGGAAGGAAAUGGCAAUUUUCGCUGUCAGGUUAAGCAUACAAAGGCGCAGAAUUUCUCAGGUUGAAAUCAUGGGGAAGUUUGCUGGUGCAGUAGGAAAUUACAAUGCUCAUCUUGUUGCAUAUCCUGAUGUUGAUUGGCCUCAGAUUGCUGAAGAGUUUGUAACAUCUCUUGGAGUGAGUUUUAAUCCUUACGUUACUCAGAUUGAGACUCAUGACUAUAUGUCAAAAAUUUUCAAUGCCCUCAACCGUUUCAAUAAUAUAUUGAUUGACUUUGAUAGUGAUAUAUGGCGCUACAUAUCUUUGGGUUACUUCAAGCAGACAACCAAGGCUGGUGAAAUUGGGUCGUCAACAAUGCCUCACAAAGUGAACCCAAUUGAUUUUGAAAAUAGUGAAGGUAAUCUUGGUUUUGCUGGUGGAAGUCUUUCCUACCUGAGUGAGAAGUUGCCUAAGUCACGUUUGCAGCGUGACUUGACCGAUUCUACUGUUCUAAGGAACAUGGGUGUCGGACUAGGUCACUCUUUGCUUGCUUACAGAAACACACUGCAGGGAAUAGCAAAGCUACAGGUUAAUGAAGCUCGCAUGAGUGAAGAGUUGAACCAGUCUUGGGAGGUGCUUGCGGAAGCAGUACAAACUGUUAUGCGAAGAUAUAGUGUUCCUGAGCCUUAUGAGAAGCUGAAGGAACUAACAAGAGGAAGAACAGUUACCAAAGAAAGUAUAAGAGAGUUCAUUAAAGGCUUGGAAUUACCUGAAGAACCAAAGUCGAUUUUAUCAAAGCUGACACCGCAUAGCUAUGUUGGAGCAGCUGUUAAACUGGCCAGGACAGUGGAUAUGGCUGUUAGAUACACCAGAAAUAACACCAAUGAUAACAUUCUGGGUGUGAAGAUGGUGUCUGGUAAAUCUUCUGGUGAAUCUGAGCUUGUCAGUUUGAUGGCGUUGUCACCAUUGGAUGGUCGGUAUUGGGGUAAAGUCAAGGACUUGGCUCCAUACAUGAGUGAGUAUGGUUUGAUCUAUUUCCGUGUUCUAGUUGAGAUCAAAUGGUUGCUAUGGCUUUCACAAAUCCCUCAAGUCACAGAGGUACCUACCUUUAGCGAAAAUGCUCAGUUGUAUUUGCUAGAAAUAAUUGAUGGAUUUAGUCAUAACGAUGCAUUAGAAAUAAAGAAGAUUGAGAGAGUGACAAACCAUGACGUGAAGGCGGUGGAAUACUAUUUGAAACAGAGAUGCCAACCACAUCCAGAAAUAGCCAAGGUACUUGAAUUUGUUCAUUUUGCUUGCACAUCUGAGGACAUCAACAACCUCGCACAUGCAUUGAUGCUGAAAGGAGCCAUGAAUGAUGUGAUAUAUCCGGUCAUGGAUGAUUUGAUUGAGGCAAUAUGCAACAUGGCUAAAGACAAUGCUCAUAUUUCUAUGCUAUCUCAUACUCACGGACAGCCUGCUUCACCCACAACUUUGGGCAAGGAAAUGGCAAAUUUUGCUGUCAGAUUAAGAAGAGAAAGGCAAGAGAUUUCUAGGGUGGACAUAAUGGGGAAAUUUGCUGGGGCUGUUGGAAAUUACAAUGCUCAUCUUGUUGCCUAUCCUGAUGUUGAUUGGCCUCAGAUUGCUGAAGAGUUUGUAACAUCUCUUGGAUUGAGCUUUAAUCCAUAUGUCACGCAGAUUGAACCCCACGACUACAUGGCAGAACUCUUUCAUGCAAUUUGCCAGUUCAAUACCAUAUUGAUCGACUUUGAUAGAGAUAUAUGGGACUACAUAUCUUUGGGUUAUUUCAAGCAAAUAACUAAGGCCGGUGAGAUUGGGUCAUCAACGAUGCCUCACAAGGUAAACCCUAUUGAUUUUGAAAACAGUGAAGGUAAUCUCGGCGUGGCUAAUGGGAAUCUUUGUCAUCUGAGCAUGAAGUUACCUAUUUCACGUUGGCAGCGUGACUUGACUGAUUCAACUGUUUUGAGGAACAUGGGUUUGGGAUUGGGACAUUCUCUUCUUGCCUACAAAAGCACUCUUCAGGGAAUAUCAAAGCUUCAGGUCAACGAAGGUUGCAUAUCUGAGGACUUGAACCUUACUUGGGAAGUUCUUGCUGAACCAAUACAGACAGUUAUGCGAAGAUACGGAGUUCCUGAGCCCUACGAGAAGUUGAAGGAACUAACCAGAGGAAGAGCUGUUACCAAGGAGAGGAUAGUAGAUUUUAUACAAGGCCUGGAAUUACCUAAUGAAGCCAAGACCAAUCUACUAAAGUUAACGCCGCAUAGUUAUGUUGGAGCAGCUGUUGAAUUGGCGAGGACUGUUGAUGUAGUUACGUAGCCAUGGAUUCAAUGGAAGGCGCGGGCAAAGGUGUUAUGAGCCAACAAUUGAUAUAGUUGCGGAAUGUUGUUUUCUUUUCUUCUUUUCCGACUUCUUUGUACUCCUGGAUCCUACAUUUUUAUGUAAUUCAGGCGUUUUCAUUAGCGAGGGCCGCGACACACCCUCCACAUUUUGUAACUCA